AUGAACAGACUAUCAGUGCGCAAAUUCGGCCUGACAUCUCUUCUUGAGCGAAACGAUAGGAGGAGAUUCAAGUAUUAUUACAACAACAGAUUUGGGUACAAGAGGCACUGGGAUUUCCGUGGAUAUUAUUACCUUGACGAAAUCGACAAGAUUGUGCCUCUCGAUGAUAAGGCUCCGCGAUCGCAUACGAUUGACGCAGAUUGGAGGAUUCGAAACAAAUGGCCUCAGAUGCCGCAAGGAAAGUGGGAAAUGAACGAAGACAAGAAGCGACGGCUAGUAGAGUACCCUGAAAUUCAUCCUGCUUUGGAUUCAAGAGUCCCGCAAUUUUCUUUUGUUGAUGGUCGAAUUCCAGAGCCACCAAGAGAAACGCAAAUCGACGCUGAAAAGAAUCGAAUUCUCGUCCGUCAAAUCGUAGAAAUGAUGAAAGAACUCAAGAACGAAAAGAAAUCACAUGAAGAGAACGAUUCUAGCGCAGCUUCUUUUCAACCAAAAUUAUCUCAAAAAGGAGAACGCCCGCCUCCUGUUUGA